AAUUAUUUACACAAACAGUCAGUAAAUGUAUUGAACUGUCAAUGAAUUGCAAACAUUUGAUAACUUUAUUCAAUGGUUUUAAUCAGUAAUGUAUUGAAUACUGCAAUGAAGUAUAGGUUAGUGUUGUUUGACGGCAAACGGUAAUCGCCGAGACAUUAGUGACACCCACGAGAUGUGCCGUUUGGCCGACUAUUUUGUUGUCGUCGGCUUUGGCGACCACACCAAAAGUCCAACAAAUGGCAAAUUAUUACAACGGUUCCCACAAAAGGAUUGGGAUGACUGUCCGUUUAUCGACUCCAUCGAAAUGUUUUGUCAACCAUUGCGAUGGCGACUGACAUCACAACCACAACAGCCGUCGUUCUUCAUGUUUGUCUUGACGGACAUCGACGCCAAUCGUCACUACUGUGCGUGUCUUUCGUUUAAUGAGACGGUUUCAAUACAGCCGACCAAACACGACGACGAAGACAUCGACGACGAAUCCAUAACAUCGAUGGACAGUUCGGCCAAUGCUUUAUGCAAUGGUUCACAACAUCAUUCAGUUAUGUUUGCCACCAAAUGUCUUGUUUUAGUUUCGCGAUUUAAUUAUCGAGAUAUUCUUAAGAACUGUUUGACCACAAUAUACACUGCUUUUAUUGAGAAUAUGGACAUAUCGUUGGAAGUGGUUGUGGCCAACAUUCUUGCCUGUGUUGAUAUCCCACCACAAGGCGGACCUCAGAUACGAUUCUCAAUCGGCGCUAAUGACCGCCAGUGCCUACAGCCGCCACAGACCUCAACCAUUCCGGUAACGCACACAACUGUCCACAACUUGUUUGAACAAUUAGGAAUUCAUUCGGUGGUUAAUUUGGUUUGCGCGGCAAUGACUGAACAUAAAAUACUGUUUCAUUCCCGCUCUUAUACCCGUUUGACAGACGCGUGUCACGCGCUAACAUCACUCAUGUAUCCAUUUGUCUACAAUCAUGUCUACAUUCCUAUACUACCGCAUCCUUUACUCGAAGUCUUAUCGACGCCGACCCCAUUCCUUAUGGGCAUUCAUUCAUCACUCAAAAAUGAAGUUACAGAUCUUUUGGAUGUAAUUGUAGUUGAUUUAGAUGGCGGUUCAAUAACGAUACCCGAUUGCCUAAGAGUGCCUCAUUUUGAUGAACCACUACAUUCUCAAUUGAUAACUCAUUUAUGUCAAGUAAUCCGUCCGCAACUCAUUCAAGCUGACGAUGCUUUUCCUUCUAGUCAUGUCAAGCCAUCGUUGCCUCAAUUUUUAGACAAAGAAAUCAGAGCCAUAUUUGUCCGGACAUUUGCUCAAAUUCUUCAGGGCUAUCGUUCGUGUUUAACCAUUAUUCGCAUACAUCCUAAACCUGUCAUCACUUUUCAUAAAGCAUCAUUUCUAGGCCAAAGAAAUUUAGUAGACAAUGAAUUUGUAGUCAGACUCUUGGACUGUAUGUUUUUCGUUACGUUUGUACAGGAAAGAGGUCUACCAUACAGACAAUGUGAUCUCUUUGAUGAAUUAUAUUCAUCGCUACAGAACAUGUUUAAGGAUGAGAUGAGAAAUUCAGAAAUAGUUGUUCAGCAUAUUAGAGAAUUAGCGCAACAGAUCUAUAUUAAUGAGAAUCCGACUCCUCCUCAGCCAAACAACACUAAAAUUCCGUUACCAACGGAUGGUGCCUUCACUCGGACUCAUUUACCAACGUUUCCGAUAUUAAAUAUCGAUAAAAUUCAGGAAAUUAUAGACAACGAAAAAAUUAAAAAAGAGAUGACAAUAGUUAGACGUCAAAGCAUUAAAAAUUUGAAUAAUGUGAGAAUAGUGCCAAUGGGAACACCCAUAUCAUCGGUUAAUGAUAUAUUUGGUGCCAAUCAUAUCAUAACUAAUUCUGCCCGAAGACUCGAAGUUAUGCGUAAUUGUAUUAAUUGUAUUUUUGAAAAUAAAAUAAGUGAUGCAAAGAAGACAUUUCCCGCUGUUUUGCGGGCAUUAAAGACCAAAAACGCUCGUUUGGCUCUUUGUCAGGAACUGUCACUUCAUAAGGCCGGAAAUAAAGCUGUGUUAGAGCACCAACAGUUUGAUCUAAUUGUGCGACUAAUGAAUUGUGUUCUUCAGGAUGACUCGCAUUUAGAUGUGAACGGAGUUGCGGCCAAUAUGUUGCCAUUGGCUAUAGCUUUCUGUCGCCGAUUGUGUACUAAUGUCAUUCAGUUUGCGUGCACUUGUAUUCAAGAUCACGCCGUUUGGAGUAAUCCUCAAUUCUGGGAACAGACAUUCUAUUUGGACGUCGAAAUUGCGAUCAAAAAUUUAUAUAAAGAAUCUUCUCAUCAAAAAUUAUCACCAGAAAACUCUUUUGAUAGUUCAUCAUCUUUUGACUCAAAAAGGGAUAAGAGUUCUUCACUUUACGAGUUGUCAGCUCUUGAGAUAGCAGCCGAACAGAUGAGAUUAGCGCCACAAAUGAGUCCGCAACAAAUCGAUAAUCUGAUCCAAAAUGAAAGCUCCACAAUCUUCGCACAGGCCAUACAUUAUGCAAAUAUAAUGGUAUCAAUGAGAGUACCGCUGGAGGCCGGAGCUCAUAAUAAGGCCUUUAAAUAUAAUGACAACGAUACCAAUUCAGUAUCCAACUUAACAAACAAUGUAUUUGAAGGAAGUGCUUCUAAUGGUUCUAAUAAUAAUGACAACGAAUCCGGCUUUGAGGAAGACAAUAGAGAAAAUGUUAACCAAUCGGAAAUUGGUUCAUCUGUUCUCAAAUUUGUUACACGUUUUGUUGAUAAAGUGUGUACUGAAAGUGGUGUUAGUGAAGAAUAUAUUAAACAAUUACAUGAAAUGAUUCCCGGAGUUGUGACAAUGCAAAUGGAAACACUUGAAAGCGUAUGGCGUGAGAGCAAACGUUUGCCACCAAUUACUAAACCAAAGAUAACUACACCUAACUUAUUGUUCGGUGAAGAGUUGACUCUUCCUGGUCUCAGGUCUUAUCUAAUACACGACGGUCGAGAUGAGGGUCAGUGCGGAGUUCCAUUCGGUACACAAUUGAUUCCGACAGAAGGCGCCAUAUUUUUGACAAAUUAUCGAAUUAUAUUCAAAGGCCGACCGUGUGAUCCAUUUGCCUCCGAGUCGGUAAUUGUUCGCAGUUUACCCAUCGCUACACUAACAAAGGAAAAGAGAAUUAAUGUGCAAUCAAUUGCAUCUAUAGAUCAGUUCUUACAAGAAGGCUUACAGUUGCGGUCAAAUACUUUUCAAUUGAUUCGAGUGGCCUUUGAUGAAGAGGUCUCAUCCGAUGAGAUCGAAAACUUCAGAAAAUGCAUUAAUAGAGAGCGCACUCCGCCAACAAUUUUUCAUUUGUUUACAUUUACCUCUCAGUUGGGUAAGGCUCAGACCAAACUACUUCAUCUUCAGAAGCAUAACAAGAAAAACUCAACCAUAAAAGGUAUUGCAAAGAAAACGCUUUUAAGAACAGCACAAAAAGCGGGUUUUAAGACAAAGAAUGACCGCAAAAAUAAAUAUAUAACUGAUUCGUCCGGUUAUUUCCCGGGAAUCGCCAAAACAAUGUCUCCGACGAGGAAAAUGUCUGUCGACAUGGCUGAUGACAAGUCAGUGGAUAGUGAAUCCAUAGCUAGCAUUAACACAACAAACACUAUAUCUCCUUCAUCGACACAUAUGAUGUUGAAUCAUAUGAACACCAAUAAUGACGCGAACAAAACAAUGGAACAGUUACAAGAAAUGUCUUAUGUUAAAGACUAUCAACGUUUAUCAUUGGGAUCUUUAACAGCAUAUCAUAGUUCUGGUCCGUCCAGUACUAAGCUUUCGCGUUCAAACACUGUUGUCGAAAGUUUCCGUAUCUCUACUGUAAAUAUCAAUUAUUCGGUCACAAAGAGCUAUCCGGGACUAUUGGUUGUGCCGUACACUACCAGUGAUGAAGCCAUAAGACGUUUGAGUCGUUUUUAUAGACAUUAUCGCUUUCCCGUGAUUACAUGGAAACACCCGCGAACUAGAGGACUGUUAUUACGUGGAAGUUGUUUUCAUGGAAAAGGUGUGAUUGGAUUGCUUAAGAGUCAGACGACCACUGGUGCCGCACAUUCAAUGUCAUCGGAAACGUCUACUAAUAUUGAAAACGAGAAAUUUAUAUCAAAUAUUGUUAGAUUGACGCCAUCUUAUUUCUUAAGACAUACAAACAAAAUUUUCGAUAACGGAUCUAAUCUUAGUGUUAACUUAAUGCGUGAUGUAUCUGCCACACCAGAGACUGUACGAAAAUCUAUUAGUGGCACUUCAGCUGCAUUUCAUCGGGCAAUGAAUACAUUAAGAAACUCUGGAGGAAAGUCGGCCAUCGGUUCACAAAUGGGAAAACAAUUGCAAAAGUGGUCGAACACAAGUAUUAAAGACAAAAAUCGGAUGAGUAGUGGAUCAGAUUUGCAAGUGUCUGCUCCAUUGGAUUCACAGACAAACCUAAAUCGUGCCGUUCUUUAUAUUUUUGGAGAGAAGAAUCAAAUAAAUAAAAUCAAAACCGAAUCCUUCAAUAACUGUGAUUUUAUUCCCGUCGAUAUUCACGAAGUGAGAGCCGUUAAGAAUUCAUUUAAGAAGUUAAUGCGCGCCUGUCUUCCAUCGACAUCACCGACCAAUAAUGCCGAUCCCGAACAAUCAUUUUAUCGUCAAUUUGAGAACUCUGAGUGGUUAUCACAGUUGCGAACAAUUAUGCAAAUUAGUGGCGCUAUUGUUGAUCUGAUCGACAUUCAGGGUUCAUCAGUAAUGGUCUGUCUUGAGGAUGGUUGGGAUUUUGUGCCACAAAUUGUUUCCAUCGCUCAGUUAUGCCUCGAUCCAUAUUACCGUACAUUUGAUGGAUUUCGUACACUAAUUGAAAAAGAAUGGCUGGCAUUUGGCCAUCGAUUUAGCCAUCGAUCAAAUCAUACGGCGGCUACACUGUCAUCAGGAUUUGCGCCGAUAUUUCUACAAUUUCUUGAUAUUGUUCACCAAAUUCACGAUCAGUUUCCGAUCUCAUUUGAAUUUAAUCAACAUUAUCUCAAAUUUCUGGCCUAUCAUUACGUGUCGUGUCGUUUUCGGACAUUUCUAUUGGAUUGUGAAAGUGAGAGAACAGAUGUCGGUUGGAUUAGUGAAGAUGUGAAGUUCAAUCAACACACAAAACAUGACGAGUCAUCUGAUGAAGAAGAUGACAGUCAACUGCGAACCGGUACUAAUAAAUCUAACAGUUCUAAUAGCAAUCAAAACUUCAAUUACAUCGGGACUUCAUUUUGGGAAUAUUCUUCUAAAAUAUGGUCAAAAUCUCCGCUAUUCUUCAACUUUUAUUACGUGCCAAUCAUAAGUCAAGAGGGUAUGAGUAGUGACGCCGCUGUCAUUAGACCAUUAUUUAACACGUCUUCACUAAAAAUAUGGGACUAUUAUCUAAACGAAGAGUUGGCUCAUGGACCAAGUUAUGACAUUGAGUUAGUUGGAAUGGAACAUCACCGACAGGAAGUACUUGAAGCCACCACCAGUGAGUCAGAUAAGAGUCAACGUAAGAUCAUAACUGCUUGUUAUGAUUCUAUCAUUCAUUCGGAGCCAAACUGUUUCCAGAAUUUGUUGCAUAUUAUCAAAGGUCUCGAAGAGGAACUCAAUUAUAUGCAACAGAAGUGGUUCACCGUUUGGGACAAAAUUGAGAUUCCGUUGAUUAGUGAUAUUCAUGAAUCGAUAAGUAGUCGUUCACUUCAAUACAGUACUCAUAAGCGGUCGACAAUUGAUCUUUUAAUUAGAGGAAAGAUGUGUGCAAACAGUGAUAACUCUAAUCAGUUGUAUCUGAAUCGCACACAUAAGCUUCAAAAAUAUAACUACACGACACUCACCCAAUGCGAUCACUGCCGACAUGUGCUUUGGGGUAUUGUCAAUACAGGACUCAAGUGUAUAGAAUGUGGCUUUAAUUGUCACGAAAAAUGUGCCGAAUUUGUCACCAAAAAUUGUCAGCCAAAGAGAAAACUAUCGGCACAGCCCGACUCGGGCUCGGGAUCGAUAGUCACACAAAGAAAUGGAUUAGUUCGCGAACCUGUACUUAAUGAGGCCAUUGAUGAGCACAAACAUGACACAAAUAUCGAUAAUGGCGGAACUCUUACCCAUUCAAACACUUUCUUUAAUAACUUCAUGACUGUCGUACCUGAGAACAGAACGUUUGAGGGAUAUCUUAACAAAAAGGGAGCUCUUCUUAAAGGUUGGAAAGAAAGAUGGUUUGUAUUGGAUUCCACACAACAUCAGCUCCGGUAUUAUGACUCUCGCGAGGAUCCGCACUGUAAGGGUUUCAUCGAUUUGGCUGAAGUGCAGGCAGUCAUACAAACGACACCGAAUUCCCCAGUCUUUGACCUAAAAUUAAGUCGUCGGACCUAUAAUUUUAUGGCACCGAGUAUUCAAAUAGCACUGGAAUGGAUUGAAAAAUUACAGGCAUGUCUUCAAUAAUGGUAGUCCAGUCGAUCGACAAUCAAAUAAUUUACACUAUAAUUGCAAUCGCUUUAAUGUUUUUGUUGUUGAAAUUGGUUUUCAUUGCAAUCAAUAGCAAUAUUUCAGUUAUUAAAUAAUCAAUAAAUCAAACAAUUAAUUGAUAUAUAAAUGCAAAGUAAAAAAUGAAAGUAAUUGUCAUUUUUGCAAUUAUUUUUUUAAAAAUCAGUGAUUCAUA